AUGAACACCUUCCUGCUGUCCGCACUGUGUCUCCUUGGGGCCUGGGCCGCCCUGGCAGGGGGAGUCACCGUGAAGGAUGGAGAGUUCUCCUUUUCUCUGGAGUCAGGGAAGAAGCUCAAGGACCUCCGGCAGCUCCAGGCCUCUAGGAGGCCUAAAAAUACUGGUGGAUCCCUCGUUUCCAUCCUCUGUAGCUCCCUGAGAUUUCCCGAAGAGCUCAAGCCUCUCUGCAAGGAGCCCAAUGCCCAGGAGAUCCUGGAGAGGCUAGAGGCCAUCGCUGAGGAUCCGAGCACGUGUGAGAUCUGUGCCUACGCUGCCUGUGCUGGAUGCUAG